UGCAAACUUUGUGGAGAAAACACAUAUGGCUGAAGAAGUCAGAUGUCCAUGUAGAUUUGUCAACCACAAGUGCAGUUUCAUAUGUGCUGAGUUUGUAAUAACAUGCCUCCUUCAAAUCUUUCUGUUACAUACUAUUUAGUACGCUAGUAUGCUAGUGCUCAAUUCACUGCCACACCUCUCCACUCUCAGCACAGCCCGGGAUCUUGAUUGGUUUUGAAGUAUGGCUGCUAAAAAAUAAAGCGAGCUCGAGUCGGUAUGCUGUUAUGGAGGUCAUGGAGUCUUCAGAUAUAAAUCUGCCUCUGCUUUCUGAAAGUGAAAACCUUCCCGAUGGUGUGAUUGUGAUCAGUCCCUUGACUCCAUCACUUGCCUCCCUUCCAGCCCAACAACAGCAGCUGUGGGUGGACACUGAGUGUGAAGUGAGCACUAACACUGGUAAACCUUUCUUAGUGAAAGCUUUUGACACAAGCGAAUUCUUUUCUACAGAGGGAAUGCAGAGGGGCAAAGUUGCACACAAGUGUUCAAAGUGCAGUAAGGUUUUUGAGACCAGGUACACUCUCCACAGGCACUUGCUUACCCACCAACCGGAGAGAUCCCACGCCUGUAAUGUCUGCCAGAAAAAAUGUAAACGUCACGAUCUGCUCAUUGGCCACAUGCUGACUCACAAAAAGAAGAAGGAUUAUCGUUGCUCUCAUGUUGGCUGCCAGAAGAUGUAUUGUGGCUAUAAAUCACUCCAACGACAUUGCGCCACACAACAUGGUGCAUCCCUCCUCCCUUCAUUCACCCGUAGCAGCAGUAUAAACACCCAAACAUGCCCACCUCUGUUGGAGCCUCCUACGCUUCCUGCAGUGAAAGAUGGUGCAUCAACCUCAAAUGACUUCCAUUCUUACUUAUUUCCAACCAAACCUCGUUCUGCCUUUCAGUUUGAGGGUUACACUGGCUGUGGAACCAGUUACACCAAUUACACACUGUCAGGAAAUCCCACCUUCAGCUGCAACCCACAAGACUCCAACUUAUCGAAACUAAAACUUUCUGAGAUCCCUCAGUCUUGGAGCCUAACAGCUGAUGGUGCUUCCUGCAGUUUUGACAGUGCAGUUGGAUUGUCAGAAUCUCAUAGUACGGAGAAGUCGAACCAGUGGGCAUCAACCGCAAUUCUUGGGGGUAGUGUGGUGGGCCCUGAAGAACCAGAAACUGUCCAUACUUGGGAAUGUAACUCCCAACAAGGAGUUCUAACAAAUUUCCAGGCACAGAAGGAGGCACCGACCAGGCAACCCAACAAGGGUAUUAGAAUGAGAAUGUGUUGUCAGCCAUCUUCUGCUUUCACCAGAAACAGUCAGGCAGAUUUGUUGAAGCUCAACAUGCGUCCACAUGAACCUCAGAAUAAUCAGCAGGUGCCUCUCAUGAGGGGAGUUGCAUCAUGCUCAAAAUUAAAUAUUGUUGGUUCAUCAGCACAUCAGAUAGAACCCAUCAUUCCUUCUCUGUCACCUGCAACCAAGAUAAAGAAGAAGAGACUACAGAAGAUCUUGAAGCCUGCUAAUAUUCCCACUCCUCCUCUACCUUCUCCUAAACCCACAACUCAAAGACGGCCCAGAGCCUGCACCGCUGACCUUGUUUCCCCCAGCCAGGUAGCAAUGGCAUCCUUUAGUAAAAAGACUGCCCCUGCUGACACACUCAAGGGAGGAAGUGCUACUGCAAAGGCAAGAAAAGGAAAAGAGUCUGGUGAAAGGAUCUAUCUAAAAUACCCACCUAGGAAGCAUGAACAGUUCUCACCUUCAUGUCCUCAAGUUCCAACAACCUCCUGCAAAAUAGAUCAGCUUUUAAUGGACCCAAUAUCCACACCAAAGUUUGGGGGAGUGGGCAUGGCUGGUUUUUGCUACCAGGCAGACCGAGAAGUCCAACAAUCCCCCCUAGUCAUCCCAGUUUCUGUUCCUGUCUCAAGCAAAGAAGCUACGUUAAGCAAAACCUCUGAUCCUACAAUCGAGAAGCAGCACAAUGUCAAGAAGUCUCGUCAUCCUGGUCAUCUUCAGAACUUGAUCACACCCGUCCAAGUAGCAGGAGGUUACCCGAGUCAGCUACGUUCACCCAUCUACCUCGCCGACCACCUGCUGAACUUUGAUCCACCUCCCUACACGCCUCCUCCAAUGCUAAGCCCUCUACGCACAGGAACGGGGCUCUAUUUUAACACUCUACCCCAGUGCCAGCCCAGUUUUCCCCCACCUAACAUCUAUUCCUCUUUCCUGGAUGGUAAAGAUGGGAUCUCUUUAAUAUUGGACAAUACAGUCACCAACAUAGAACCCAAGAUCAACGUGGGUUCCCGUUUCCAGGCUGAGAUCCCUCCGUUGCGCAAUCCAUUGCUUAUUCUGUAUGAUGAGCACCCUGCGGAUCUCACCUGGGCUCCAUGGGGAGACCUGCCCAGUAAUCCCAAGACACAGCAGAAAGUUACAGAAUUCUUAGCCAUGUGCUGUUCAAGUGUGCUACCAGGAGGAGGUACAAACACCGAGCUUGCACUUCACUGUCUACAUGAAGUCCAAGGAGACAUUUUAGCUGCACUGGAUUUGCUCUUAGUUAGAGGAGAUUAUCGGACUUCAUGCCACCCACUAAGUGACUAUCACUACACAGGAUCCGACCACUGGACUGCUCAGGAGAUGAGACUUUUCCAGAAAACUCUGCUCAAGCAAACCAAAGAUUUUCAGUUAAUUCAUCAAAUGUUGCAGACCAAAUCGGUGGCUCAGUGUGUGGAGUAUUAUUACGCCAUGAAGAAGGUGAAGAAGUUCAAGCAGCAUUGGCGAGCAAUAAAAAAGGCUGGUGAUGCUGGAAAGAAUCCUGAGUCCCGUAGAGUCACAGUCGAGCAGUAUGGUGAUAAAACUGGAGGCAAGAAAUCUUUAAACACACCAAAGGGAAAGCUCAUUGGAUAUUCUACCAAAAACUGGGAAUAUACCUGUGAGGAGUGUGGCAGGUCAGGAAAUAUACAUUAUGAUAGACAUUUCCCGUUCUAUUAUAUAUUUUCUUUUGGUUUCAUGAAGUCAAUUAUAUACACAUUACCUCCGUAUGUGCAUGUUUCAGGGGUUUUCAUAAAACAAGGAGUCUCAGCGCUCACAUGAAAGCCCAUCAGCAGCAGGAGAGUAAGUGGUUUUAAUAGUAGGGACUAAUAUGGACUGGAAGCAAGGUUAACAAUCAGACAAGGUAGAGGUCAGUUGGAGUUAGACCAGAGAUUAAAAGAGCUGUCACCAUACAAUCCAUCAGAAAAUACUUUUAAAAUGCCAUGUUAUUAACAUAAUAUGAAAGGAUCUGUUUUUGUUCAAAUAUCCAAGUCAUAGAACUAAAGGGAAAAAUUAACUGUUGUUCAAUACCAGUUCUUUAUACUUUUUGUUACAGCAUUAAAAACAAAAUCUUAGCUUGAAUUUUUCACUGUUUUGAGUAAAAAAUAAAGUGCCUGCUGAAAUAUCAA